AUAGCCAUUCUUUCUGCAGAGCCCAUACGCAUCGUUCGACAGACAAUACCGAUAUUCACCAGCAUCUGUGGAACCCGCACCGCCGAGUCAGUGGAUCCCAUCGAUCUCUCAGUAUCUCCAGCCCAAUGGCAAACUCAGUGGUUGUGACGACACCAGCAGUAGCCAGAUUGACAGUGUUAAUUGUGUUCAUGAGCAGAUGGUCUUGGUUGGAAUACUUAGUCCGUAGACGGAAUCUUUGUGACUAUGGAGUGUUAGUGCGAACGUGGCUAAUAAUCAUUCUAUAUUUCUUGCGAAACAGUCCUGAUCGAGUGGACGGCUCUGCUUGGGAACCAAAGUCCCAUGAAAAUGGGCGCUGCACAGCCAACUCCCUGAACUGUUCAUACAGUCAGGCAGAUUGCCCUUUAUCCAUUCUGGAUGGUGCACACGAAACCCAUUCCCAUGCAGUGCAUAAACAUGGAUGGGUAACUCAAAUGAUGGACGCCAUCUGGACCGUCCAUUCCAGCCAUAGCUAUCUGCAUAGGCUGCUGACAGUUCCUAGAGUUCCCUGGCUGCGUUCCGAGUCAGUCACCAGACGUUCCAAUGACCCUUUGCACUGGGGAUUGCAGAUUUUGUCCAUCCUGGUAGAAGUUUCAGAAGAUCUCGAAAAUCGAGUUGCCUUUCCUGUGGCGUAUGUUUAAUCAGUUACUAUCGUUGAUAACGAUUGAUGAUGAUAGCUCGGCCCAUCUGACGUUAGAAUACCCGCUUUGAGGGUUAUUCCACGUAGACAAUCUGUAUAUCUUCGGAUCGCGUAUACCUUUUCGACUGGGAGAAAGAAGUAUCAGGAUUGGC